AUGUCUACCGAUCUAGAAAGAAUUCUAGAUUUUCCCAGAAUUCGAUUGUCUCCGAUUAAGCAGUUCUCUUCUUCCAAUACAACAGAAGAAAAGGAUAAUGUUUUUAACUGCGACGAAGAAUGCCGGACACCAACAUCUGAACAACACAAGAUUCCUUCAAUGCUUUGCUGUCCGCCGGCGCCGCGAAAGCCGAAGACAAGAAACGUUUCAUGCAAAAGGAAGCUGGUGGAGCUGGAGUUCUUCGAGAUCAAGAAUCGUGAAGAAGAAGAAACGUUUUUAAAAUCCAGUUUCGAGGUUCAAGAUAUUAGGUCUUCUUCCAUGAAGAGAAGCUGCUAUGAUACUAAUAAUAUUAUCACUUCAUGUAAAUGA